AAUAUUAAUAUACAACAUUCGAGUUAAUUAAAGUAUUUGUUAUUUAAUCAAUGAUAAUAUGACGUAUUUGUUAAUACACAUUACACAUCAUUCUUUAGUCAUUACUCAUUACCAUCGAGUUAUUUAGUUUAGGUCAAUAUAGUAAUGGUCAUUGGGACGACCAAGGUAAACACGAUUGGACGGUUCGGAUGCGACCUCUGCUUGAGCAGCCGGUCGAGUAAACCGAUUAGACACGUGCAGAACCGCCGUGAAACGGAUCACCCGACACAUUAAAUUACGUGUCUGUAAAACAAUUUGUAACUUUAUCUUAUCUCUGGGCCAAUAAACAAUAUAUAAUACUCGAAUAAUACUACAUAUAUUGAUUUGAAAGAGGGAAAAAGUGGUCGGCAAAAUCAAAAGCCAAUUUAUUCCUUGUUUAUGAUUGGAAUCACAUGUGUCCCGCCUUCUACAUCGUGCGUUUUGUGUCGAUAAUUUAGACAUGCAAAUAAUUUUAUAACAUUUUAAUUGCUUCUCGAUCGCAUAAAAUGUCUACUAUUCCUCACUUGCCCAUUUUUCUUGAAGACGACGGUAUCGAACAAGGAUCUCGAAUCAUAUUGAAACUGAUAAGACCAGACUGGAAUUUGGAUAAAAUCCGAUACAAGUUGUUCACAGAUGGUAUUACUAAUAAAUUGGUUGGUUUGUUCGACGAUUCGCGUCCAGAAGAUGAUGGCGUGCUGGUACGUGUCUACGGCAAAAAUACGGAACAAAUCAUUGACAGAAAAGCAGAAUUCGAAAACUUUAAGUUUUUGUACCAUGCUGGACUUGCACCUGACUUGUACGCAACGUUCGAUAACGGCAUGGUGUACAAAUACAUUAAAGGAGAAACGUUGAACACUUCUACAGUGCGGGAACCAAGCAUUUACAGGCUAGUGGCCACAACAAUGGCGAGAUUUCACCGGUUAGGUACAAAUGGCAUAAGUGCAAGAGAUGGAACGAUCAAAUCCGAACUUUGGAAUAAAAUGGAACAGUUCGCCAAUCUCAUCCCGAAACGUUUUAGCUCUCCGUCUAAUGAACUUCGAUUCCGAAAGAUAUUCACCCAAGGCAUCGAGAACCUGCGAGCUGAUAUUGAACCACUGAAAGCAUUGUUGGAAAAUAUCGAAAGUCCAGUUGUUUUCUGUCACAACGACUUGCUGUUGGGCAACAUACUUUUGCAGAGUGAUGACACUGUGAGUGGUCGUCGUCCCGUCAGCGUAGCAUUUAUCGAUUAUGAGUACGCCAUGUUCAACAAUCAGGCGUUCGACAUAGCUAAUCAUUUUAUUGAAUUUGCUGGUGUACAAGAACCGGACUUCUCAUUGUAUCCAAAUGUCGAUUUGCAAAUGGACUGGCUGAAGUCGUACUUAGAAGAAUAUACCGGCGAAUCUUUAGACCAAAAUGAUCAAAAGAUAGCUGUGCUUAAGCAUCAAGUGGACAUGUUUACAAUUGCGUCGCAUUUAUUGUGGAUAUUCUGGUCACUCGUACAAACCGAAAUAUCGGUUAUCGAUUUCGAUUAUUUAAGAUAUGCAGAAAUGAGAUUGGAACAGUACACAAAAGCAAAAAGUUCACUCAUCAAAUGAAUAUUUUGUUGCAUUCCGAAAACAAUUUCAUUACUUUAUAACACUCAAUUUUAACAUUCCAAUAUAGGACAAAGGAAUGUUAUAAUAUAGGCUCAAGCUGUGUCCAUAAAUAUUAAAUGAUAGGCAUUUAAUAGCUUUACUUUAAUAUAAAUGCAAUGCCUCUGUAAAUUAAAAAAGUGAUUAACCAACUCCGCUGUCAAAUUUGAUCGUAAUCACAGUAUUAUAAUAUAGUGCCAACAACUUGGUUAAAAUAUAUAUUACAUAUUGUGCAUCUUAUAUAAUAUACAUAGUUACAUCAACACAACUAAUAUGUUAGCAGCAAAAUAAUCAACAUAUUUUUAUUAUAAUCAGUAUAUUAAUAAACCAAAUAAUAAAAAGUAUAAUAUCAUAAUAAAAGUA